AUGGCAGCUUCGCAUUCGCUACAUGAUAGAAGCCGAUUAAUAAUGAAGCUAUCUAAAGUACCAGUUGAGAAAAGACGAGUUUUAAAAGAACGUCCAAGUGAAAAUCUUACCGAAGUCUGGAAGAAAAUUCGUGAAAGCGAUCCCAUAGGUGAUUAUGGUAAUUUCUGUUUUUUUAAAACUACUUCAGAAAGGGAAGAACAACAAAUUGUUAGUUCUGAAAAUUGGUUUCAAGUAACUUUUUUGGAAAAUGAAGAAAUCAAAGAUCGAAGGGAAGAUAUAGAACCGGCGAUAGCAGAUUCAGUCGCUCAGGAAAAAGGUCCUUUGAUUGAUGAGGGAGAGAAAGAAAAUAUAGAGCAAGAAGUGGAUGAUGCAGAAAGCGGAAGUAGAAAACCAGGAAUAAAUGAAAACAUCAACGAAGUUAAAAUAUUGGAACAGGAAGAAGAGUUUCAACAACUCAUGUUUGAUUCAGAUGACUCUAAUGCGGAUCCCAAUUACAAUGCCUCUGAAGAUACGAGCAGCAGUGAAGAUUCAUCUAAUGAUGCUCGGAAAGAAAAAGAUGAUGAAAAUAUGGAAAGCGAAAAAAAAAACACAGGUAAAAAAGGAAGAAAAAGAAAAAAGGCUAUGGAAACCUGGGUAACUAUUUCUAGCAAGAAGUUACGAAACAGUGGUAAACCCUAUAAAUCAUACAAAACAAAGAAGGAAGUUAAAGGAAUGGAAUUAAAAAGAGCUUGUACUGAAAGCUGCAAGCAAAAAUGUUCGAAAAAUUUUACAGAAGAUGAAAGAAAAUUUAUUUUUAAUAAUUACUGGCAGAUGGGAGAUCUGCAUAGACAGCGAGAGUUUAUUGCUGCAAGUAUGAUCAAAGUUGAGCCUAAAUAUCGCUAUGUUAGAGAAGGAAGUAACAGAAAAGCCAACAAUGCUUUCUAUUUCGAAAAGAAAGGGAAACGUGUCAGAGUUUGCAAGGUAUUUUUUAUGAAUACCUUAGACAUUAAUCACAGGGUCAUUAGAAUUGUAGUAAACAAAAAACUUGACCUUUCGACUAGCAUCGUGUCGGAAGAUCUUAGGGAGAAGCACAAUAGUCACAAACAUAUAGAUGAAACAUUAAAAAAUGGAGUCCGCCAGCAUAUCAAUUCAAUUUCGAAAAUACCAAGUCAUUACUGCCGUGCCGAUUCAAGCAGAGAUUACAUAGACGGGAGCAAAACAAUAGCACAAAUCUAUACAGGGUCCGGCAAUAGUGCGUCGGGCAUCUGUAGCUCCUAG